AUGAAAGCCGGACUGAAAAAUUUUGAAGAAAGAACGCGUUUCGUCGAUGGAAACGAAUACGUGGGUACUUGGAAUGCACUUGGCAUGGAUGGAAUUGGCACAUACAUUCUCCCACAUAGUGCUAAAUUUGAUGGAGAAUUCCGCGAUGACACAUUUCACGGUUACGGUAGCGUUCGUUGGCCCCGUGGACAAAGAAUGGACGGUAUCUGGUCCGAAGGAGAAUGCAAAGAUAAACGAUACAUUUUCGAGGAUGGUUUGAUUUUCCUCGAAAAUGGUUGGGAAUACUGCAACUUUCCCGACAGACGGUUCGUAAAAUACGUAUGUUUGGAGACAUACUUAUCAACAUUGCGCAACAAUAAGAAAACAGAAACAUUGAUUCCUCCCUUCUGUUACGAUGCGGGUAUUGGAAUCUUUAAUCCGUACACAUAUUGUAUCGCAUCUUAUCGAGAUCCAAAUAAGGUGGUGGAAAUACCAACUGCGAAAAUGGUGCAAUGGAUACAAAAUCACUGCCAAAAGGCAUGGACCGAACCGACCGGACAUCGUGAAAUUCUUUACGAAAAUUGGUUUUCCCGAAAAGGUGAUGCAACUGUUUUCUCUCUCGAAUUGCUACCAUUUUCGAAUGCUUCCUCGGAAUCUUGGUGGAAAAGGUAUAAAACAUUUCAAUAG